AAGACAGAGAGAGAGAGAGAGAGAGAGAGAGCAGGUACAGACCCCAAAUUCAAUUAUUCUUUUCUUUUCGAAACUCAAUUCUAAAGAAAAAUGGAUCGAUCGGAGCCGUUACCUUUCCCAUCAUCCGCCGAUUCCAAUGAAGUCACCACCGCCGCUGCCGGAGACUCAAGCGGUGGUGGUUACGAGAUUAAGAGCAAAGUGAAAGGACCUUGGUCUACGGAGGAAGACGCGGUGCUAACGAAGCUUGUGAGCAAGUUAGGUCCAAGGAACUGGAGUUUGAUCGCUCGCGGUAUCCCUGGACGCUCUGGCAAAUCGUGUCGAUUGCGUUGGUGUAAUCAGCUUGACCCUUGUCUUAAGCGUAAACCGUUCUCCGAUGAGGAAGAUCAUAUGAUCAUCUCUGCUCACGCCAUUCACGGUAACAAAUGGGCCGUGAUUGCGAAAAUGUUACCAGGAAGAACAGAUAACGCUAUCAAGAACCACUGGAACUCAACUCUUAGACGUAAAUACGCAGAUCUUUGGAAGAACAGUAACCAAGUUACUACUGCUUACAUCAAGAACGAAAAUGUCGAACAACAACUGCCUCAAGAAGAGAUUGUUUCACCACCAGAGGUUCCACAAGUUGUUGAUGUUCCAAUGUAUGAUGAGCCUACACAAGUUCUUGAUGAUGUUACAAUGGAUGAUGCAUCGCCCAAUGAACCUCAAGAACAGGCUCCUAUAGAGAAGAGUAGCAUUCCUGUGUUUCGCCCGGUGGCUCGUGCUGGCGCGUUCAGGGUGUAUAACCCAAACAGCCAGAGAAAUGGGUACAGGGAUCAGAAUGUGGUUCCGUGUGAAGGACCGUUGAUUCAAGCGGCUAAACCUGAUUCAUUAGCUGGUAAAUUUCUACAAUCUCUUUGCGGCGAACCUAACAUACCUUCAAAAUGUGGUCACGGUUGCUCUACUCAUCCAGCUGAACCCGGUAAGUCGGUGUUGGGGGCUGAGUUUGUGGAUUACGAGGAGCCUUGUCCAGUUUUCAACCAAGAACUGAUAUCUAUAGCUACUGAUUUGAACAACAUUGCGUGGAUAAAGAGUGGUCUUGACAAUGCCAUUGUCAGAGAAGCAGAACAGAAUUUGAAGAUGGAUCAAAUCACUUUCAAUGAUCCUCGAAUCAGGUUUUCUGGAAUGAUGCCUAGACAACAUUUCUUCUGUGCAAGAAGCUAAAACUCAGAUGUUUUUUUCUGACAUUUUGAUUCGUAUUUGAUGGAAAGAGAGAUCACAAAAGAGAAGAAGGAAGAAGGCUUGCUAUAUAUUAUUUCUUGAUAAUGUCAUUUACAAGCACUUUUCUCCUUAGUUUUUUUUUCUUUUUACAUAUAAGUAUUUACAAAACAUAAUAUGAAGAUCAAUUUACAA